UCAAGUCCAACAAUGAUACGAAAGGUAACACAAAUUUUGUUCAUGAACAUGUUGCAAUGAGCUAUGGAUACAUAGUAAAAGCGGCCGAUAGUGUACCCACAGAAUUAUUGCAACAGUUUAAUAUUCAAACGACACUUAAAAUAUAUAGAGGAAAUAAAAGCAGUGAGCCUGGAGAAGUAGUCAAUGGUUUCAUGGAUGAUGUAGCUGAAGUGGCGUUGAAAAUUGAAGAGUUACUCAAGACGAAUGUUGAUAUUUGUAUGACACACGAAGAAACUGAAGAACAUUUAAAGAAAACCUGCUGUGACUUGUGUAAAUGUAGUUUUACAGAGAAUAAUCAUAAAGUAGCAGACCAUGAUCAUUUGACAGGUAGUUUUAGAAAAACGCUUUGUAACAAUUGCAAUUUAAAAUUAUCAACGCCCAAGUUUGUUAAGGUAUAUUUUUAUAAUCUCAGCUCGUACGACGGACACUUUUUAGUUAAAGCCCUUGGAAAAGAUACUAGUAGAAUAAGUGUAAUACCCGCUACAGAAGAAAACUAUAUUUCUUUUUCAAAGUUUGUUUCAAAAAAAUGUUCACUUAGGUUCAUCGAUACAUUUCGUUUUAUGGGUACUAGUUUAGCGGCUCUCGCUGGAAAUUUGCGCGCCGCCGACAUAAAAUUAUUCAGAGAAACCGCAAAAGCGUUUUCAUCGGACGGCGACGUUGAUUUGGUGACCCGUAAAGGCCUGUAUCCGUAUUCAUACACCUCCAGCUGGGAUGUACUCGAAGAAAAACAAUUGCCGUCAAAAGCCGAUUUUUAUAAUGAUCUGUCAGAAACACAUAUUGAUGAUACCGAAUACAAACACACACAAAACGUUUGGCAACAUUUCAAUUGUAAAACGCUCGGUGAGUACUCUGAUCUGUACCUGAAAACUGACGUAACAAUACUUGCGGAUGUUUUUACGAAUUUUCGCUAG